GUUCAAGGUGGAACCCUACGAAGGAGCAGAUAAGCAUGUUGGAGAAUCUUUAUAAGCAGGGAAUAAGAACACCAAGCGCUGAAGAGAUUCAGCAAAUAACUGCGAGGUUGAGAGCCUAUGGUCACAUCGAAGGCAAGAACGUCUUCUACUGGUUUCAGAAUCAUAAAGCCAGACAGAGGCAGAAGCAGAAGCAACACACUCUCGCUUACUUCAAUCGCUCUUUUCUCCAUCAUCAUCAUCAACCUGCAGUUAUGUGUGGUCCGUAUUGCAUGGUAGGUAUGAUGAGGAGAAUCCCUGAUAAUAAUCAUAGCGAAAAUGAAACAAUGUUUGAUAAGCAACAAGAUAGAACGUUGGAUCUUUUCCCUCUUCACCCAACUGGCAUCUUGGAAGGGAAGAAGGAGACACAAGAUAACAACAACAACAACAACAUGAUGACCAUGAUGUGCUCUUUCAUGGCGCCUUCUUCUUCAUCAUCGCCUGAUACUACUCAUGAUGAUGGACAUGGCUAUAGGCACCAACAACAACAACUACCCUUCUUUGAUUUCUUCGUCACUUCUGGACAUGGACAAGGAUCCUUUGAGAGUGGCUAAAAUCUUAUUAGUCAAACAAACUAACAUGCA